AGGAGGAGGAUACAAACAUUAUACAGAUCGGGAAGGCAAAGGAAAGGAAGGAGGAAGAGAGGAAGGAAGAAGAGAGAAGGGAGGAGGAUUCAGACACUAUACAGAUCGGGAAGACAAAGGAAAGGAAGAAGGAGGAAGAGAUGACGGAAGAGGAGAGGAGGGAGGUAACGGUAGUAGUUGCCAUACCGAUCAGGGAGAGAAAAGAGAGGAAGAAGGAGGAAAUGAGGGAGAAAGAAAGGGGGAAGGAGGAAGAGGAACUAGAUGUCGUACCAAUCGGGAAAACAAGAGAGAGGAGGAAGAAGGAAGAGAGAAAGGAAACUGAGGAUUUGGAUAACGGAACCUCAGAAGAAACUGAAAUGGAAGAAGAAAGGAAGGAAAUGGAGAAAAUAGAAGCUGUACCGAUCAAGAAAAUCAAAGAAAGGAGAAAGGAAGAAGAGAGAGAGGAAGUGGUGGAAUCAUAUAACAUAAAAAUCGAAUCUUCAGAGGAAAAUAAGAAGGAAGAAGAAAGGAUGGAAGUAAAGGAAGGAGCAAAGGAAAAAAGAAAGGAAGAGAAGGAGGAAAAAGAGAGGAAGGAUGUGAAGGAAACAGAUACCACAACGAUCGAGACCUCAAAGGAUAUUAAAAAGGAUGAGAGGAAGGAUCGGAAGGAACAAAGGACUAAGAAAAAGGAUAAAACGGAGAGUGAAGAGAAGAAGAUGGAGGACUCAACCACAAGAACAGGAAGAGCAAAGAAUGGGGAGGGAGAAGAGAAGAGAAAGGAGCAUGAAGCAGACUCGAUAAAUGCAGGGAAAGCAAAGAAAAUGAAGACAGGAAAGGAAACCGGGAAUGAAGAAACGGCAGACACAAAGCUAAAGGGGAAACCAAAGGAAAAACAGGAAGACGAAAGGUGGAAGAAGCAAGAGGAGUCAAUAAAGCAGGAAAACAGAGAAGAAAACGAGGGGGAAGAUAAUAUAAGGUAUCAGGAGGAGGAAGAUUCAGAUGUUAUGCUUGGCGAAGAAACGGUGAAAAGGGGAAAGGAAGAAGAGAAGCAGAAAGCAUGGGUGAGGAAAAGCAAGAGGGAUGUAAACCACGAAGAGACACACAAACACCAGGAGGAAAGAGAAACAGAGGAAAAGGAGGAGGAGGAAAAAGAAAUGAAGCACGAAAAGGAGGAGGUGGUGCAGAAGUUCGAGAAGAUGAAGGAAGGGAAAGAGGAGGAGGUGGAAGAAGAGGCAGAGGAAGUAUAUUCAAGCGAAAGGGAAAGAUUAUUCAUAGAGCAGGAGGCCGUCAGUGAAGUCGUGGAGAACCGGGCUGGGGUGUGGACGCCAUCCCUGACCGGCUGGGUGUUUCGGCCCUACGGCGACACCACUCUGGAGGAGGAACUGAGGAAGGCACAAGAGGAGGAAGAUGGAGACGAAAAAACGAAAGGAAGACAUGAUAACGGCCAGCGGGCAGCCAAGUUCUUCCUUUCAGAUGACGAGAGCGACAGCGACACAGCCAUCUUCGUCGACGUCUCCCAGCCGGCCCUCAUGGAGGAUCAGAACCUCCAACUUUCUGUGGCGCCGUGCUCUUCGUCCCUGCCCCACCGCGAGGCACAGCCGGACGAGAUGCUUGGGACGCCCUUAGAAUCACCUCUUCGGCCAACGGAGGAAACCACUCAAGAAGACGAGGACGUGGAGUUGGUGUUGGGAGAUGCGAUCGAGGAAGAUUACGCCUCCGAGACCGUGGAUCCACUGGCAACUGUUAGCACUAUGGAGGCUGUCAUGACCGAGUGCCCACGCUACGGUUCUCCUCAGCUCGAUUAUCCAUUUCAGUUUUAUCAUGCCGAGGCUCUACCUCGUGUUAUUAGUGUGGAUCCUCCCACCGAGUCAGCCAAGAUGAAGUAUAUCAACCCUCAGCCCCUUAGCUUGGACAAGGCGGACGAGAGUAUCACUAAGGAAUCAAAGAAGAGUAGAACAAGCCAUGAAGAAAGCGUCAGGGAGAGCAUGGUGACAAUGGAGGCGGAAGAAGAGAAUGCCACAAAACACAAAGUCUACCUUGAAGUAGAACCAGAAUUGUUUUCCUCGCCCAGCGCCUUCAUGCCCAGGGAGGAGGCACCCCCGGCCAUGAACUGUGACAUAGGCCCAGAGGACCUUCCGUGGUCAGACCCAGAAGAACUCCAGGAAGCUAAAGAUGCAAGAUACAUCUGCGACAGUGAGGCUGAGACUCGAUUUUUCAGUCUGUACCCCGAGUACUAUCCCAACGAACGGGAGAAGAGUCAGAACGCAGGAAAUGACGCCAUUACUUACGGUAAUCCAAAAUUUCCUUGUUUCAGCGGUUCCUGUGACUCAGAGGAAGCUGCUGAAGAGGAAGCGUACAUGGCCGCUCAAGAGGGCGGCGUCAAGGACGGAGUGAAGCGUCAUAAAGGGAAAUUCCCAAAAAUUCAUCACAGACUUGCACCGCAACGGAAGACGAAGCAUGAGGCUCAAAAUGUUACCGGAGUUAAGGAAGACCACACGGAGAGCGAGAUGGGUCAAUCAUACAGCACCAGCCUCCCUUGUGACGCCUCAGGGAGUAGCUCGGAGCCUCUAGUCUUUGACUCUUCCACUUCCCAUCUUCUGCAAUCCGAGUCAGAACCACACCCUCCCAAAGACCUCUGCAGCCCAGUCCAUCAAGCAGAACCAACUGAAACCCAAUUCUUGGAAGAGCAGGACGGGGCGGAGGCAGGGCAAGACGCCCUGGAGCUGGAGGGCAGAAUGCAAGUGGAGCAAGGCAAGCAGACGCUGGUGAGGAAGGCACGCCAGUGGAUCAAGGGCGUUGCCAAAAUGGGCGGCACCAGGCGAGAGGACCACUUUCAUGGGAAGCAGACCAUACUGGAGGCCACUGAAGGCACUUGCAGGAAGGAAGUGGACGCUGGGUUACUCCGGAACACCGCCACUGCAGAGGCUACACCUGACUCCGUUCAGGCGGCUCUUUCUGGAAGGGAGCUGAGGGCUCACUACACACCUGAAAGGGGCCACAAAGUUUGUUUUUCAGCUGCUGAGCGUGUGAAGGAAAUCGAGUCAGGCGAAGACUCGAGGGUUGGUCAAGUAAACCGUGGGUUCUGCAGUCCCUGCAGUCCCCACGCCUCGCUCAAGGAAGACUCCAGGGAUCGCUCUCACCCUGAAUACCUCCCGGGUGAUGUUGUCUCCGUCGAGGAUUCCAGACAAGAUCCAACCCUAGAUAAGGAUACGAAGCAAUGCAUUACUCCGUCAGAAAAUCCCGCGCAGCACGAGGAGGACGAUGACAAGAACAGUCAGCAGUCCGAGCCCGUUGAGGAUUUAAAAAAACAUUCUGCAACAGAUGAGAUGACGUUCUAUAAUGAAAGGAAGAAAGAUCAUGAGGUUGAUAAUGAUUCAUCACCUUACACGAAAACGACGUAUAGCAAGGACAGCCAAAAGCCAAGUCAACUCUCUGUACCCUUGGCAGAGUGUACAAAUCACACCCCGCUCGGUGAGGACAUUAUGUACGACUUUGCGCCUGCCCAAGGUGUGAGAGACCACCCCACAGCCGUUCAGAACUUGGAGGGUCAUUCAGGACGUGACAGCGGCAAGGAUAUGCAUUCCACACCCACUACAAAGCAUGUUAGUUUCUCUUUCCCCGACGCUCCGUCAUUUUCUACUCACCCUCGGCUUGAAACCCCCCAAGACCGCUACCCAAAAGAUGUUGAACACCAGGAAACUCACCCUAAGCCUGCAGGAUCAGCGAGCUUUUAUGAGGGCUCAAACCUGUACUACACACCGGAGUCAGAAUUCACCUCGCCAUACUCACCCGUCGAAGGACUUAAAAUUUUCUGCCAGUCCGGUGAGACAGUCCAGGCUCACUACAAGCCUGAGAAGGACUCCCGGACUCACGAGACGCUUGGGAAGGAGAGUAUGACUAAUAUGCCUGCUAGUGAUUUUCAUGCAGAUUACUCACCAGAAAAUGAGGACUUUGAGCAUCACAAACCAUCAGUUCACCCCACGUGUGAGUCAACGGCGACUCACUAUACCAUCAUUGAAGAAUAUAUCGUUAGCUACAGCCCUGCAAGAGAACAGUACAUUAAUCCAUCAACGGAGGGAGAGAGGAAGUGCAUGGCCACCAAUGAAGAAAAGCCACGCCAGGACGAACCCACCGAGGAACAUCAAAGGGCUUCUGCAGGACCUCAAGAAGACGAAAAGAGGCAUCCCACGUCUGAGGAAAAGAGAGAAAGUCACUCCACACCUGCAGCACCACAGACAAAUCACAGCACAUUUGAAGGAGACAAAACUAUUUCAUCAACACCCAGAGAAGAGAAGAGAGACUUUCCUACACCUGAAGAGACCCGUAACAGUAGAUCCACCGCUGCAGAUGAACGUACACCUUUCACACUCCAAGAUGACCCAAAGGAACUGCCCUCACUGGCCCCAAAACAACAAUUCAACCCAAUAUUUGUAAAUGAAUCAAGUGCAAACGAAGAACUGAUGUAUCCCAGACCUGCUGAGGAGACUUAUACGCUCUCUGAAGCACAGAAGUCUAAUACUACAUACGAAAACUCUCCUGAUUCUGAUAACUAUUUACCUGCACAUGAAUGGAGGUUACCUCAUACACCUGUUGACCUGUACUGCGACAACUCUGCUGGGGAUACGAAGAAAGAAAACACACCUGAUCAAAACACAUCUGACUCGUCUCAUUAUGCACCUGUAGAAGAAGUCCAGACCCAGUCCACACCUGAAGCGGACCGAAGGAUUGCUCAUAGUCCUGAGGGUCACCUGGAGGCUUGCCACACAGGUACAGAUGACCUUGGCACUCAUUCCACGCCUUCCAAGAGUGACGAAGAGAACAACGAUAAGGAGGAAAAAGAGACGAGGGGAGGAAAAGCUGAAACAGGAAUGAGAAUGGACGAUGAAGGAAACAGUCUGAAUAGGAAAGAGAGGAAAAACAGUCGUAACAGAAGGAGGAGAAAGGAAAGCGAAAGAGAGGGAAAGGAGGACAAUGAGAGGGAGGAAAUCCGAGAGAGUGAGAGGAGGGAAAGAAGUGACAGCAGAGGAAAAGGAAGACAGAGAAGUGGAAGAGACGAAAGGGAUGACAAAUGCAGGGAGAGGAGAGACACUGGUAAGGAGGAGAGGAGAGACGGUGAGACAGAGAGAGAGGUUGGCAGUCACAUGCAAGGAAGGAGGAACAGUGAUAGAAAGGAGAGAAAAGACAGUGACAGAGACGAAGGAUAUGAUGAAAGCAAGAGCAGUGAGGGAAGAAAGCGGGAGGAAGGAAACGGGAACAAGGAUGGAAUAAGAGGAGAUGGGGAGGAGAGGAAAGAAGGAGAAAGACGAGGGAGGAGGCCUAGCGAUUAUGAGAGGAAUAGAGAAGAUAACUUGGAGAGAAAAAGAGGAAGCGAGAUGGAGAGAAGACACAGUGACUAUCAGGGAGGAAGAAACGAUCAAGGAGAGAAAGUAGGAAUGAAGGGCAAGGGAGGAGAGGAGAAAAGGGACAAAGAGGAAGAGAACGAAAGUGGAGGAGAGACUGAGAAGGAAUGGAGGAAGAGGGAAGGGAAGACUGAGGAGGAGCAUGAGGAAGGAAGGGACAAUGGUAUGAAGGGAAGGAAUAAAGAGACCGAGGAAAAAAGAAGCAUGGAGAUGGAGAAAGAAGGGGAAAGGGAGAGAAAGGAACCGGAGGAAAGGAAGGAAGAGAUCGAAGAAAAGAGAAACAGGGAGAUGGAAAAAGAAAGGGAAAGGGAGAGAAAGGGACCGGAGGGAAGGAAGGAAGAGAUCGAGGAAAGGAGAAACAGGGAGGUAGAGGAAGAAAGGGAGUGGGAGCAAAAGGUACCAGAAAAGAAAGAGAUGGAGGAAAGUAAGAAAGAAAAGACGACAGAAUGCUUAGAAGACAAACAAACAAUGGAAAUGACGUCGUCCACUCUCGCCUCGUGUCAUGAGGGUGCAGAAGGAAGCGAAGCCCAAGACAUACACUCCUCCCUUCUGGGCGCUCCUUCAACCAGCAGCAACCCAAGCACUGCAAACCCCAACCCUUUUAAUGCAUCAGCCACCAAGGAGGAUGUCCCUAGAGCCACAGAGCGUGAAUACUCCUUGGAAUCAACCACUCCUGAGACUUGCGCCCCAGAAGCCAAGCUGAUGGGAAGUGCCGAGGAAAGGAUGAUGCAAGAAAGUACGGAAAAGGAGAGAGAAUUUCAAACUUCCUCCCCACAAGACAAGCAGAUGGAGAGUACCGAGGAAAGGGUGACAGAAGAAACCACGAAAAAGAAGAGGGAGUUUAAGCCUCGUCAGAAGCAGGGCAGAAACAAACAGCAGCCCACGAGCCCCACCGCCGUUGACAACCCUGGAAACGCAGCGGCGGACGGUAACCACCCACAAGACGGAAAGAUGGAAGGGAAGAGCGGGAGCAGACGGAGGCGGAACCGACGAAACAAAGGGACAAAUCAGAGGGAACAAGGGACUUCUUCUCCAGCCCCGUCAGACACAAGGGAAUCAUGGACAGCCUCAAAAGCUAAAGGAACAGCAACCCCCUGGAGUGUGGAGGACCAUGUGGAGGGACAAAGCCACAACCCUAGAGAACUGCAUCUCUCACAACAACAGCAAGAACUCACUUCCCCGCGGCAAAGUCUGGACAGCUACGGCUCCUCUGCCAAGCUGACCGUCACACAGAAGGAUGAUGCCACAGCCGACACAAGGGCAUGCAAAAUGUGGGGGAAAAAUCCGACCAACCCGAAAAAGCAGCAAGAAAGAUACGGCAAAUUCCCAGACACUCAGGGAUGUGCACGAGAAAGUAGUCCUCGAAUUUCUAGACUUUCUGAGGAGCAAAAAGCUGCCGGGGCCGGAGAGUAUGCAGUGUUGGAGUCUUUCGGCGCACCAAGUGGCAAGGAAGUUCAGGAGGUCGAGAGAAAAGGAAGAAAAGAGAAAGAAAAGGGAUCAGGAAGAAUCGAAGAAGAAAGAGAAGUGUCAGUUCAUGGAGGAUUCCAAAAAGGAGGGGUGGCAAAGCAGGCAAAGAACUGGAGCCCCAAGAUCGAAAGGAAAGAUCGUAAAGGAAAUAGGAGAGAAAAGAAAGAAAAGACGUCAGAAAAAUCGGAAGAGACUGUGAAAGAGAGGGAAUUCAAAUCGCCGAGAGAGGGAUUUGGCGGAGUAGCACAGAGAGGAGGAAGUGGUGCCCCCAAGCGACGCCCUCCCCUCCUGGAAACCCCGCCGAUGGAACCUUAUAGUUAUAUGACACAGAAAGGUAGAGUAAAGGCGGGUGGAUAUGCCUCGCCUGGAUCACUACUGGGAUCGGAGCCACUGCCUGGACCUCCUCGCGCCACUGCGAAGCUACGGUACCCUGAGGCACUCCUGCAGCCCCUGUCUCCCCCGCCAUCUCCCCCGCCACACAAAUCCCUUGAAACAAAAUCCAACGAGAAGACAAGAGUUACCUUACAUGAAGAGGAAAGCAACAAGGAGAGUUCCAUACAUCCAGAUCCAUCGCUAAUAGUCAGAAAGACAUCACAGCCCACCAUGUACACAAUACCAGAAGCGGCACCAGCAAAGCCUCCGGAGAAUACCGAGUCCGAGUUGGCCUCAGGUCGGCCACAGUGCCCGCCAAAGCCACUCCAUCUGAAGGACACGUCAGGACGUCCUUUCUCUGACCCGCAAAACCAUUCGUGGCCUGCGUAUCAAGACAAUCAACUGUCUGACUCCCCCUCCAGCCCCAGUUUUCCGCACCCCUCGCCUCACACCGACCAAUUAACUUCACCCCCACGACCCUUGACUCCAGUGCCUUCAGUAGACAAUGAGUUUUUAAAGGAACAUCAAAAAUCACUCCCCUCAUAUGCCACUCCUCUCCUCCCGACACCACAACAGCAACAACAAGAAACACAACAACAACAACAACAACAACAACAACAACAACAACAACAACAACAAUCAGUGGACCCCCAUAGAGAUACACCGAAUCCAAAGCCACCUCUGAAGCCGAAGCCAAGUCUUUCAGAACUUGACCCACUGCAGAAAACAACACGGGACAGGGACCCAACACUGGAAAAAUCGAAGGUUUCGGGGAACGAGGAGGCCAGGCCAAUCAGCUCAGCAGGCAAAGUCAGUGUGGCUCAGAGGAUGAAGUUCCCUGGAGCACCACCUGCGGCUUUAGAGGCUCACCCAGAUUCGAGUAGGAGGACCCAAGCGUCCCACAAACCAGAAAUGUUAGAAGCAAGGUCGACACCGGCAGGCAAACACCCAGCAGCAACAGGUGAAGGGAGCACCGCCGCACCUUCCCUGCCACGCAAGACAGCUGGGGCGUCUUCACAUUCGCCUUCGUACACGGCUCUUGGCUCUUCACCUCACACUGAGAGGUCAGAGCCUAGUUCUCUUCGAACCUCUGAGGGGCAAGUUCAGAAACCAUAUUCGUCUCCACGACAGCAACGUUCAAAUAUGGAUAAAGCCUCUGCACCAGAACUUCCCAAGGAUGCCAAGCCAGGAGGCAGAUAUGCUGAUGUGGCAAACAAAGGUCAACAAAAAGGAGGACAUCAAGAGCCACAGACAAGCCCACCCGUAGGGGGGGACCAAGGCACCAGCUCUGCCAGCCCCUCCGAGGAGCAGACGCAGAAGGGGAGCAGCGAUCCACCAAAAGAGGACGGUGCCCGGCCCUCGUGA